AUGGGCAAUGGGCCAUGCACGCAGUUUGAUCAAAGCAUCUUCGAUGUGAUUCCGUACGAGGCCAUAUGGUUCGACUUGGACACGCCCGAGACUCUCUUUGACUACUUGAUAUACGCAGACAUCAGACUCGUCCGGUUUGAGUACCUCAAGCAGCUUGUUGCGGAUCGGAGGCUUUGGCCUCGAAGGCAGGAGGCUGAGUAUGAGAAGAUCGCACAGGCUUCCUGGCCUGGGACCAGAGAUGCUCUUGUGACAAUGGAGGAAGUGCAGCAACAGAGGCAACUCUCAAGAGCACCGAAUCUGCAUAGAGAAAUGAUGAAAGGCUUUGAGGAGGGCUGCCGCGAGGAGGGAGAGACAGACAAUUUCAUGGUGGACAUGUUUGGCAUGUCUUCCCGUGAUCCAGCCCUUGCUCGCACGAUCAGUGCCUCCUGGGAGGACGCUCUCGAUUUUUUUGGGGGCGUGCAAUCCCUUCGGAACCGAAUUUCUCGGCAAGGGCUUCAUCAGGUUCAUCUCUUAACAGUUUCACAUUGCUGGGAAUCGAAGCAACAUCCGGAUCCAUGGGGCAGCCAGCUGCAGAGGCUAGUCAAUAUUAUUUCAGCAUAUCAGGAAGCCGUCUUCGAAGCGACAGGUGUAGAAAAUGCCGAAUGCUGGAUUGUCAUCGACUUUAUAUGUCUCCCACAAUACCCACGCAACACUGUGCAGCAGCAGUGCUUUCAGCGUGCCAUGAAGUCAAUGCACAUGUUGUAUGCGCACAAUGCCGUGGACCGCGUAGUUCGCUUGGAGGAGCCCACUUCUGACUUCGAAAAGCUGUUUGCGCCGAACUUCAUCGACAUUUACCAUGAGGACGUUCAUGUACAGCAUCAUCGCAAACCGACGAAGCCGACUCACCCUGUGCCAGAGAAGGCUGGGCGGUUUGGACCGCAGCCCUUCAGUGCGCUAGAAUUGAACAGCACGCCUUACACCGCCAGAGGCUGGUGCAUUGCUGAAACGCAGUGGAUGAGUGCCAGCAACUGCAUUCACGGCUAUGCGCCGAUGCUUCCAGCUACUUUUCAAAAACGUGUGCAAGAGACGGCUUUGAAGUUUACACACAGAUCGGAUGCGACGGCAGUGAUGCAACUUCAAGAAAUGGUAUUUUGGAAAAAAGCAAAAGCUUGUAGAGAGCUGGACGUAGCAUGGUUGCCCCACGACGAGUUCCUGCUUCUCACCGAGGCCCUGCCGCACUAUGUGAACCUGAGAGAAUUGAGGAUCUUUCACUGCGACAUUCGGUCAGAGCUCGCUGUGGCGCUGGUCAAUGUGGUCAGAAGCCUCGGGGACUUGUCUUUGGUCCGCAUGAUUCAGUGCAGCAUCAGUGACGAGGCCGCUGCAGUUUUCGCAGAUUUCUUUUCGAAUGUUGAGCAGCACAGGUCGAGCGUAGAAGGAUGUUGUUGCGGCGUCCCUCACACGGCCAUGCGACUGUCACUGCUUAAUUGUCAGGUUGGAGGUGUAGGCCGGGCAGUUCUCGCAGAGGCAGGGCUUCAAAUGCUAACGACGCCAGCAUCCUCCUUCUGGCUUUGGCUUCGUUUUAGACAUUGGGCAUUGUUGACUUGCGCCUGUGACAGACGAAGCCUCAAGGCUCAAGAGGGUUUGGAAUUUUUUAAAACAACUUUUAACAAAAAUUUAAACAAAAUUGAAGAUAUCCAGUCUGCUUUGAUUAGAGAUGUAGUUGUGCGUUGA